UCGACAUUUCCGGUUUAUUUUUAAGAUAUUUAUUUUUGCUGAUUUAUGAGAACCUAUUUCAGUAAAAUCGGAAUAUCCUUAUUUAUUCAGUUGAAACAAAUACAGAAAGAUGUCAGAGGAUUUGUUGAAACAGUUGGGCAGCUACAAAGCACAGUUGCAACAAGUGGAAGCUGCCUUAUCAACCGACCCUGAAAAUGAAGACCUUCUCAAAUUACAGAAAGACUUAUCGGAAGUCAUAGACUUAACAAAAGACCUCUUGACGUCGCAGCCCUCCGAAGGUACUGCUAGUGCCAACAGCUCAGAUGCAGCCCCCCUGAAACAUAGGUGGAGCGUUGGGGACAGGUGUAUGACUGCGUGGAGUAAGGAUGGACAGGUGUAUGAAGCUGAGAUUGAGGAGAUAGAUGGCGAGAAUGGCACGGCGGCCAUCACCUUCUCCGGCUACGGGAACGCAGAGGUGGUGCCACUGCAGAACCUCAAGCCUGCCGAGGAGGGCAAGCACUCUGAGGAUGACGGGAAAUCCAAGUCUAGGAAGGAGCAGAUAGCCGACCAGAGGGAGUACAAGAAGAAGAAGGCCCAGAAGAAGGUGCUGAGGAUGAAGGAGCUGGAACAGGAGCGAGAAGACCAGAAAUCCAAGUGGCAGAGUUUUAACAACAAGGCCUAUAACAAGAACAAGAAAGGACAGGUGAAGAGGAGUAUAUUUGCAUCGCCGGAGAGUGUAGACGGAAAGGUGGGAGUAGGAACAUGUGGCAUUGCAGACAGACCUAUGACCACGUAUCACGACACAUCCAAAUAUAACGUCAGGCAUCUAAUGCCACAGUGACCGAACAUUUUAUCUUGGUGUAAAAGUAUCCUAUUGUAUAGUAGCAAGAUCAUUGCUUACCGUUGUGUUUUUAUGGUUUGGGUUACCCCAGUAAAGGAGAUUUGAAACAAAUUGCUUGCUCACCAUUGGUUGCCUCAUUGGGAAAUUGUCCUUACCAGUAUAUCACAUAGAACAGCAGAAUUCUUAAUAAAAUAAAUUACCACUGUAAUGGAGUUGCAGCACAAAUAAUGGUUGUGGUGAAAUGAGUCUGGGUUGCUGUGUCCUUCUGAAUGCAACAAAGGCCAAAAAACUAUUUCCAUGUUUUCAAUGUUACACAUUUAUUAUAGAUUUAUCAGGUUGAACUAGACUAUAAUAUACAUUUUUACAAUUUAGUGAUAAGACCCUUUUUUUAAAGCAAGUCAUAAAGCUAAUUUUACAUCUCAGUUUUGUACAUUUACAGGGAAACAAAUAGUGUUUUUUGUUUAGAGGUAAGAUGUUCCUCUCAUUUUUCCCUGAACUUGGGCCUUAACUUAAGUCUGAAGAAUGUUUCAUAUUGGUACUGAAUGUUGUUUAACACAGUUCCUCCAGAUGGCACUAAUGUAUUUUUUACCAUCUUUGUUCUGUGAUGUAUGUCAAUGACCUUAUGCCACUGCUGGUGAUAUAAGCUUUUUUUUAAAUUAAAAUCAGGGAUAAGUUGUGGAUUCUCCUAUUAAACCUUCAUGUUUGUGUGA